AUGUCCGCCUACAAAGGGCAGCGAGGGCCCAACGUGUCCCAGUACAUCGCGAACCUUAACCAGCUGUCGCCACAGCAGGAUCUGUUCGCUGAGCCAGCGCCCGCCGAGGACUUCUCCGACUUCCUGAACGGCGACUUCUUCGACGCGGACGGCGCUCGCAACGCCAGCGUCGACUUUGCUUCUACCAGUGACUUUGGCCUCGGUUUUGAAGCCGAGCAAACACAGCCGUUGAAGACGGACGGAGAGUUUCCGCGCAACCCCAGCACUAGCGUCGACGCGACCAUGGACUUCAAUCUGAAUGGCGACUUCCCGUUCACCGACUUCAACAACUUCGGUACGGCUCCAGCCUUUGACCCGUCUAUGCCACUGGCGCACACUCAGCCUGCCCACUACCCGCUCGCACCCAACUACGCUUCGCCUGCCUCCUCACUAUCCCCUGCCGCACAAGGCUACGACCAGGCUUCGAAGAAGCGCAAGCUCGACAAUGCCGCUCCCGUCAUCCCGCAAUCACUCGACGAGAACGCCCGCGUAGCCGCUGAGGAGGAUAAGCGUCGCCGUAACACUGCUGCGAGCGCUCGCUUCCGCAUCAAGAAGAAGCAGCGUGAGCAGGCUCUCGAGCAAUCUCAGAAGGAGGCCCAGGAGAAGGUCGCCAAGCUAGAGGCUACCAUUCAGCAACUGCAGACAGAGAACGCAUGGCUAAAGGGCCUCAUCACUGAAAAGAACGGCGGCAAGAGCACUACAGACGAGCUCCGGGCGCUUAUCAGCAAGCGGGAGCAAGCCGUAAACGGACGGAGUAGCACUACGCACACAGAUGGCGUAGGCACCCAGGCCGAGAGCCAAAAGGCAGAGGCCUAA